UUUGACAGGUACAAUGCUACACAUGUGUUUGUUUUUGAGGUUAUAAUAGAGAAUUUUAAAACUUUUCUUAAUUUUUGAACUUAGUGAUAGGAAAAUAUCAGUAAAAGAUUGUGUUGCAAAGUGCACAUUUGGGCAAUUUUAAUCAUGUCACGUUUGAUCGUUAAGAAUUUACCUAAAAACAUAACUGAAGAAAAAAUUAGAAAUUUAUUUCAAGAGAAAGGCACUAUAACUGAUAUUCAACUAAAGUAUACCUCUGAGGGUAAAUUUCGUGAAUUUGCUUUUGUGGGGUACCAGAAUGAAAAUGAAGCUGAAGAGGCCAUUAAAUACUUUGACGGCAUGUUUAUUCAAACUAAAAAAAUAAAGGUUGAGUCAUGUGCAUUAUUAGGAGAUUCUAAAAAACCUAAAGCUUGGAGUAAGUAUACAUUGGAGAGUACUGCCUACAAAAAGGCUCAUGGAAUUGCAAUAAAUCAAGAUACUAAUGUAAAACCCAAAGUUGGAAAGAAAAAGAAAGAAGACGAAACUGUGGAAUUACUUAAAAAAUAUCAAGAUGAUCCAAUGUUUGAAGAAUUUUUGGAACUUCAUAAUCCUGAAGAUAGCAAGAAACUGCGUAAAAUUAUACAAAAAGAAAAAGAACAGAAUGAGACUAAAUCAGAAAGUGAAGAAGAAGAGGAAGAAGCCAGCUCUUCAGAGAAUGAAGCAAAAGAAGAAAUGCAAAACAGAUUGGCUGAUCAAAAAAUUAGUGAUUUAGAAUACAUGAAAAAGUUGGUAAAGAAAAAAGAAAAACCUAAGAAGGAACCCAAAAAGUUGGAGUUAUUUACACUUAAGUUAAGAGGGCUUCCAUAUAAUUGCAAAAAGAAAGAUAUCAAACAAUUUUUAAAACCUGUCACACCGUUUACUAUCAGAUUACCUGCAAAAAUUCAUGGAAUUGCAUAUGUAGGUUUUAAGACUGAAAAAGAUUACAAAAAAGCACUCUUAAAAGACAGAAGUUUUAUUGCUGGAAAACAAAUUUCCGUCAUGCAAUAUUCUGGAAAAAACAAUACAGAACAGGAAGAAACUUCAAAUAAUGUUAAGAAAAGAUGGGUGAAUCAGGAAGAGGCACUUAAAAACGAAGAAGAUAUUGCGGAAACAGGAAAAAUUUUUGUUAGAAAUUUGGCCUACACCACAACAGAGGAUGAUCUUGAAAAUUUAUUUACAAAAUUUGGACCUUUAGUGGAAGUUAAUUUGCCAGUGGAUCCUGCAUCUAAAAAAAUUAAAGGUUUUGGUACUGUAACAUUUUUAAUGCCUGAACAUGCCGCUAAAGCAUACGGGGAACUAGAUGGGUCUAUUUUACAUGGACGCAUGUUGCACCUUUUGCCAGGAAAAAGCAAAGAUGUGUCAGAUGAGACAGAAUUAGAAGAAAGUACAAAUUAUAAAAAGAAGAAAGAAGCAACACAAAAAUCUCAGGCUGGGUCUUCUCAUAAUUGGAAUUCCUUAUUUUUGGGACACAAUGCAGUUGCUGAAGUUAUUGCAGAUACAUACAACACAUCAAAAGAAAAAGUUAUGGGAAUACAUGAUGAAGGUAGUGCUGCGGUGAGACUUGCAUUGGGUGAAACACAAAUCGUGGCGCAAACUAAAAAGUAUUUAGAACAAGAAGGAGUCCUACUUGAUACUUUCAGUAAUAUUAAAUGUAAAAGGUCAAAAACAGUCAUACUUGUAAAGAAUUUACCAAAUAAGACUGAAGCAAAGGAAAUUAAAAAAAUAUUUGAAAAAUAUGGCUUGAUUGGAAGGCUGAUUUUACCGCCUAGUGGCAUUACAGCAAUUGUUGAAUUUCUUGAACCAUCUGAAGCCAGAAAAGCCUUUACUUGCUUAGCUUACACAAAAUUUAAAAAUGUGCCGCUUUAUUUAGAAUGGGCUCCUGAGAAUUCGCUAACUGAAAGAAAAGGACCACUUCCUGAAAAGAAUGAAGAAAUAGAAGAAAUGAAAGAAAAUGACAAUAGUAAUGAGGAUGAAGAAGUUGUCGAAGAAUCAGAACCUGACACUACAUUAUUUGUUAAAAACUUAAAUUUCCAAACAACUGAUGACGGUCUGAGAAAGCAUUUUGAAACUUGUGGCAAACUUGCUUAUGCCAACGUUGCAACUAAAAAAGACAAAAACGAUCCAAGUAAACGUUUAUCUAUGGGAUAUGGUUUUGUAAGGUUUAUACAUAAAAGUAGCGCAGAUAAGGCUCUUAAGACAUUGCAGCAGAGCACUUUAGACGGAAAAUCUUUAGAAUUGAAGAGAUCUGAAAGGACAUUGAACAAUGACGUCAAUGCUACGAAAAAAAGUACCAAAGUUACAAAACAAACAGGAACCAAGAUUUUGGUUAGAAACAUCCCAUUCCAAGCUAAUCAAAAAGAAAUUAGAGAACUUUUUAGUGUUUUUGGUGAGAUUAAAGCCUUAAGACUGCCAGUGAAAAUGGCUCAGGAUGGGGGCUCACACAGAGGCUUCGCAUUUGUAGAUUUUGUGGCAACUUCUGAUGCUAAGAAUGCAUUUGAGGCAAUAUCUCAAAGUACCCACUUGUAUGGUAGGAGACUAGUUCUUGAAUGGGCUGCAAGUGAGGAUAGUGUGGAAGACAUUAGGAAAAGAACAGCGGCUCAUUUUCAAACCACUGAACCAGUCAAGUCAAAGAAAAGUGUUCUAAAUAUUGAUUAGUAUCGAAUAGUUUUAUUUUUUGUAUAUAAGGAAAAAUAAAAAGUAGUUCUUG